GCAGCAGUAGCGGAGGAACAAAACAAAACAAAAACAACAAAUAUUAAUACAACAAAAGCAAUAAAAUAUUCAAUUUGUGCUGGUGAUAAAAGCGAAAGAGAAGUAAAACUGAGAAUGUCCACCGAAGAGACCACAUGGCGCGAGCAUGUGGUUAGAGCCCUGAGGGAACGCAAUCGCAAAGAAUGCGACAAUUUCAAGGAAAUCAUCGAGCAGAACAAUCGCCUCAUCGAUCAUGUGGCCCAACUGAAAUCGGACAACUUGAAAUUGUCGGUGGAGAACGAGCAGGUGCGCAAUGCAGUGUCAACAGGUGGCGCCGGUUCAAAUGUGGCCAUAGCCACUCUCGAAAAGAAGCUUCUCAGUCAGCAGGAGGAGCUGACGGAUCUGCAUAAACGUAAGGGUGAAAACUCCCAGAUGAUUGUCGAUCUCAAUCAAAAGGUGGAACAGCAAAAGAAAAUCAUUUCCGAGAAGGAACACAGUCUGGCCGAUCAGCAAACGAACAACAAUCGAUUGCGAGCAGAGGUUCAGUUGCUGCAUUCAAGUUUGGAGGAAUUGAAAAAACUAAAUACAACAUUGCUGGACGAGCACACAGCUCUACAAUUGGCCUUCAGCUCAUUGGAGGAGAAAUUGCGAGGCGUGCAGGAUGAAAAUCGCUGUUUGCUGGACCGUUUGAUGCGCUACAAAUCCAAAGAUGCAGACAAGCUCAACGAGGAGAACGAAAGUAUCAUUAGAAAAAGACUGCCGUCAAUUUUCAGAAAACGUUCGGCCAAACUGAAACGUGAUUUGGAAGACGCCGUACGUGAGCCCAGUUCGUCGUCGAAUAAUCUGGCACCAACACCUACCUCGGGUGGCAGUGGCACACCACUCCAACGCAACUCCACAAGUCCCGCCCAAUUCGGCGGUGGUCUUCUCGGCGACGACGACUUCGACGUUGCCUCGUUAAACAACGGCGCCAUGGAGGCAUUAGGUCUUGACGAUGAUGAAUACAUCAGUGCUCGUUUUACAGCCGGCGAAGGGAUACACGAUGGACAUCGUCCCUCGAUCGAUAUGCUCAAGGCGACUGGCUAUUUGGGUCAACCGAAUCCCACCAAAAUCCUAAUGAAAUUCGAAGCCCAUGAAAACGAAUCGCAUGCCGUACGCUGGAGUCCUGUUGAACGCAUGGUGGCCACUGGCGGUGCGGAUCGCAAAGUCAAGCUGUGGGAUGUGGGCAAAGGCUCCACAGAACCAAGGGCUGUGCUGAGUGGCAGCAGUGCUGGAAUCAAUUCGGUUGAUUUUGAUUCAACUGGAGCAUAUAUUUUGGGCACUUCCAAUGAUUAUGGAGCUCGAGUUUGGACCGUAAUGGAUAAUCGGUUGAGGCACACGCUGACGGGUCAUAGUGGCAAGGUAAUGGCCGCCAAAUAUGUCCAAGAGCCCAUUAAAGUGGUAACCGGAAGCCAUGAUCGUACGCUAAAGAUCUGGGACUUGCGCAGCAUCGCCUGUAUCGAAACGAAAUUUGCCGGCUCCAGUUGCAAUGAUCUGGUCACCACGGAUAGUCUCGGCUCGACCAUUAUCAGUGGUCAUUAUGAUAAGAAAAUACGCUUCUGGGAUAUAAGAACUGAAAAGCAAGCGGAUGAUGUUCUCAUGCCAGCGAAAAUAACCUCGUUGGACUUGUCAAAGGAUUGCAAUUACCUCAUAUGUUCCGUAAGAGAUGAUACUAUAAAACUUUUAGAUCUACGAAAAAAUCAAGUCAUUUCCACUUUCGCAAACGAGCACUUUAAAAUCAGCUGUGAUUUUGCACGAGCCACUUUUAACUCGGGUGCUUCCAAAAUAGCCUGCGGAUCGGCAGAUGGCAGCAUAUAUAUAUGGAAUGUAAAUGGCUUUCUAGAGACUACGCUCAAGGGGCACAGUUCUGGUCUGGGUUUCUUUUACAGCACGGCGGUAAAUGCAGUCAGCUGGAGUCCCAAUAGCAAUAUGCUCGCCUCCGUUGGCAAGAGCAAACGAUGCAUUAUCUAUUCCGAUUCUUAGCCCUCAAUGUGUCAGCUAACGGCAGCUGAAGUCGAAAGUCGCCUCAUGGACGACAACAACGACGACGACGACGACGACGACGAAGAUGACACCAUUCAGUCCUUAGUCACGGCUGCUUUAGUCAACAGUCAUGAUGAGUUGCCGCCGACGACGGCUGUACUGGAGAAUUUGGGCGCUCUUUGGCGUUUCAUUAAGGGCGGCACUCAAAGUUGAAAUAAAUCCUCCGUUGACCAUUUUAUACAGAUUACAUAUACACUUAUAUAUAUAUAUACAAAAAUUCAUUUGACUCCUA